AUCAAAGGAUUUACAGACGAAGAUGCCUUUCAAUAUAUCAGGAAGCAUUUCCAAAACAUCGGCCCGGAGCAUAUUUCAAAAGGAGAAAGUCUGAUAGUGGAAAUUGAAGAAAACGAUUUAUUGAAUGCACUCCGAAAUAACCCGCUAAGUUUAAUCCUCCUCUGUGUUGUUUAUGAAGACUACAAAGGAAAACUACCAACUGCCCGAACUGAACUUUACCAAGUAGUUGUCCAGUGCCUUUUGAGACGUUAUUGUGCGAAACACAGCCUUGUGGCCCCGGAAGAAAACAGCGCCUUAGAGAAGCAAUUUGAAGAGAACAUUCUUGCCCUUGGAGAGCUAGCUUGGCUUUGUCUACUUAAAGACCGUCACGGGUUUCGUGCAAGUGAAUUAGCAGCCCUUGAAAUCAGAUACAACGGACUGGUAGCUCGUGACAUUGGCCUAGUUUACAAGGAAGAAAGCCUGAAAAGGUUAAAUCCGCAACAUGAGUACUUUUUUCUACACAAGACCUUCCAAGAGUACCUGGCUGCAGUCUUUAUUGCUCACAAGUUGCGAGGAAACCAGUUAAGGUUGUUUGAACGUCUAACUUUUCAUAAACUAGUGAAAAAGUAUCGAGAAGUGUUUCUUUUUGUUUCUGGUAUACUUGGGAGAGAUGCAAACAUUCUAUUCACUCAGAUUGGUGAAGAGCUGAAGAACCGGGGAGAAUGGGACUGGGUCACCUGCACACAGUCUCGGGUAGGGAAGAUGGAUGACCGAGAGAGGCAAGAUGUCUCGUAUAACUUUUACUAUUUUAAAGGCUUGGAAGCAGCAAGUUUCUUUAUGGAUAGCUUCAGCGAAAGUGGACACGCUGAAAAAAUGGCAGAGACACUUUGUUCCUACAUACCCUUUCCUCCACAUGUUAAGAUCGAGCUUGGCAGUGCCGGGAAUGCCCUUAUACAUCACGUUUUAGAGGCCUGCAAAACCUUUGCAAAUGUGCAGAAGCCAGUUCAGCUUACUGUUUGUGAUUCAAAUGAAGACAUUUUCAGCUAUGAGACUGUUGCAAAAUCCAUACAAUCCUGCUCGCAGCUUCAGACUCUUACUCUACAAGUGAGUGACAGUAUCCCUUAUGACGCAGCAGUUGCUAUCGGUGAAUCGUUAGGAGCACGCAAAGCCUUGAGCAAAGUAACACUUCAACUUGACAGAGUGAGGGGUGAGAAUUGGAUGAGUGCUAUUGAACCUGCUUUGUCUGCGAACACUCCUUUGAAGUCUGUAGACCUCCAGGUUCGAGGAUCAUUGAGUGAUACUGCGGUCUAUGGUUUAGGAAAGCUCUUAUCAAAUAAAACUUUGGCCUCAUUUUCCCUUAAUAUCUCUGGAGAUGUGCUAGAAUUUGUAGCUUCUGUUAUUAGCAGAGGAAUUGCACAACAAACUGCACUCAAGGCAUUGGCGUUCAGUGUUGACGGCAACGUUAGUCUCUCUAGUGUGACUGCUCUUCAAAACAGUCUUCUAGAAAAUAGUUCUUUAAGUGAUUUAGUACUGACUCUCUGUGGAGAGAUUCCUGACAACUGGCAGUCUGUUGUGGAAAAUCUUCGUUCAGUAAAGAAGGGGUCAGUUAGCUGUACUUUUCAUCCAGACCCAGGCAGCAGUCUUACAUGUGAUCAAGUGGCUCAUUUUUGUCCUGCUGUGGUAGAGAAAGGGUUGGAAACAAAACAAUACUUAACUGUGGUCAUCUGGGGAGAGCUGAAAUGUGAUGGAGCAGAAGCUUUAUGUGAGUUCUUGGUGCGUGUUCCCCUGACAAGCCUGACUUUGAAAGUACAUGGAAAUUUAAGUGAUGGUGUUGCUAGUAUUAUUAAAAGAUAUAUCGGACGACAAAAUACAUUGUCCUCCCUAACAAUCGAUAUUUGGGGAGAGUUGGUCCCAGCAACAGGAACUUUACUUCAGGAACUAUCACGUAAUAAUGAAAUCGUUCAAGUGAAAGUGGAUGGCGUCAGUGAUGUUCCUAACGAAAUGUGCAAUGCUCUUGAUGUCUCAAUUAACAAUCCCGCAUCACUGACACCAAUGUUCUCUGAAGUUAAGAAUACCAGAAAGGAGAGGAUCAAUCUUAGAAUAAUUAACGAUGAUGAAGUAAUUAGUGACUGGCCACGUCUGCUAGGUGAGGCUUUGGCAGGUACCACAUCACUAACCACGCUGGAUCUUACUGUGAGCAACUACACAAUGAAUUCAGGAAUAUGGAAAGACCUCGGGGAUAGUUUGCUGCGAAGUUCUUCAUUAACAGUUUUAAGUCUCACAAUCAGCAACUACAGUAACAUUGCAGAAGGCUGGGAAUGCAUGCUGAUCAACAGCUUGGCGAAAAUGGAGUCAUUAACUACACUUAGUCUCUCAGUUGACGAUCGUGGCAAGGUGGGGAAAUUUGAAGAAGAUUUGAUGGCAGUGAAGUCCUUGUCUACACUUUCCGUCGUAAUCAACGGUAGUGAGUUAACUUAUUUUUGGGGUGAAUUUCUGAGAAAAUGUUUGGAAGAAAGCAUUUCACUAACAAAACUCAGCCUUACAAGCAACAACUAUAAGGAGAAAAAUAACAGUGCAAUAUUCUAUUACCACCCCUCUGACGAUUCAAAAGAAAUGCCUGUGACUUGGGUAGAAGGUCUCCGUUUUGGACUGGCAAGUACCUCAUCUUUAAAGGAACUAGUCAUUACGAUUAACCACAUCACCUCUAGUUAUUUUGACUGGGAAGAGAUAUUAAUUAAAGGACUCUCAGUGAACAAUUCAAUAGCGUCCCUCACUGUUACAGUCAGUGGUUACGAAUACUUCAGCUGUGUAUCGUGGGUAGGCCCUCUGAAAGAAUGUUUAGCAAAAAACAAGACAUUAAGUACACUCAUGCUGACAGUAAAUGACAUCAGUAAAGGUGAACAGCAUAAUAGCUGGCAAUCUCUAUCAACACCUUAUGAUUGUCCAGAAAACACGUCAUUAACUGAUCUCAAUCUAACAGUCAACAUCCGCAGUGAAGUAAGUGAAGACUGGUUACCAAGUGUUUGUGACUAUUUAAUGAUGAACUGCUCCUCCCUGAGAACAGUGAGAUUGCAAGUCAACAACCGUUGCGCUUCAAGCAAAAGUCGUAUAUAUGACUUAAGCGAACUUCGGUUAAAAUACCGAUCAUUAUCCACAUUUGAACUCUCUGUAACUUUCUAUGGAGAGUAA